UAUUGGAAAAGUUUUUAAGAGUUUUGGGGCCUUUAUGACAGGUUUUUUGGAAUAGGGGGGGCUUGUAUCUAGUAGCCACAGCACUGUAUAAAAGGUAUAUACAAUAGGGUACAUCGCUAAAAUCAUUUUAAUUAAAAUAAUACGGCAUACUGAUAUUCCUAUGUAAAUUUAAAUUUUAAUUUGAGUUUCUUUUUUGUGUUUUUUAAUUUCAAAAUGUUUUGGUAGGGCAAUAUUUUUACUUUUAGUUGUGCAUUUAUAGUUUAUUGUAAAUAAUUACCUGUUUUUUGGGAAUGUGUUGUAACAACUGUAUAAUUCUCAAGUUGAGUAAUACUUAUCUUGAAAAAUUAAUACUAGUUAUCAAAAUAUCAUAAAGUUUGUUUUUAUAAUGCGUAUUAUGCAUACUCAACGAUUAUGCAUAUUAAACAUAUGUGUUAAAAUAAAUUAUGGGAUAAAAUUAUUUGCCCAUUAUUUUGACCUUGUAGUCAAUGUUUUAUCUUUUUCGGGGCUUAAUGAUAAGACUAAAUUUGUCUUCUUCUAGCCCCAGUCAUGUACAUUUUUUUUUUAUAAACUACGAUUGUAAAUUUUUUUUUUUUGGCAAAUACAUAGAUACAUUAUUAUCUUAAAUAUAUGUGCUUUUGUUAAGGAAAGGUAUUUUUACAACAAAUAAGUGAAAGAAGUAGGUUUUUACUUAGUUUACAUACUCAAGACUUCAAAUUUUCUUCGUUUAUAUACUUUAAUAAUGUGUAUUAUUUUUUUAUUUUUAAUAACAGUACUCACAAUGAGUAAUUAUACAUCGAAUGUGAAAACUAGACAUAGUUUAGCAACUAAAUUGUCUAAUUUUGUUGGAAAAGGUAAAGAGUUUGUUUUGUCGGAGGUAUCCACUAAAAGAUCAGUAAUUCAAAUGGGUAUUCUUCUAAAGGGAAAAAAAGAAAUAGAAUUUGAAUGUUAAAAACAUAAUUUUGCUACAAAAGAACUAAGCAGAGAACUUGCUAAACUGGUGACAGCUCAAUGGUUCAAAGCAAAUAGUCUGUUUAAACCACCAGUUACAAUUUCGGAAAAAUCACUUGCAGAAAAAAUAGGGAGACUAUGAUUUAAAAUAUCCAAGUUUUUAAAAAAAACAAAACCAUCUAAAUUAGCAACCAACAAAAUAACUAAUGACCUUUAUAGUCUCUUUUAUAUCAUAUCAUGUACUCAUACAAUCAUUAUAUGCACAGAGGCAGCAUCAUUUUGCAAUGAUCCCGAAAACUGCAAAUUAGGUACACAUGUUUAUUGUUCAUGCCCUCUAUUACAAAAAGUUCCUGUACUUGAUCUUCUUUGGCUUCGUAAUCAGAGGCUUAAAAAGAAAGAGAUUUCUACUAUGCAAAUUGGUUUAUGUGAUUAUAAAGAAUCGGCUCGUCUACAGAGAAGAGAAAAAAGGAAAAACAUUCAGGAAGAAGCUGAAAAAAAAAAGGAAAAAAAAAGAAAAUAUGAGUUUGAUAAAUUUCAGAAUCCUGAACUAGUUUUCAAUCUGCUGGAAGAAAACAACAAUGGUAUUGAUGAUACUGAUGGUACAUCAAUGUAAAUACUGCACAACUAAAAAACGAAACAAAAACUUUGGUCGACAAGUUGCUUGAAGAAAAACUAGGAAGAUUGGCAUCACUGGUUACAAGAUACUUAAAAAACCAAGUCUAAAGCAAAACAAAAUGACCAUAACACAUGCGGCAUCAGCUGCAAUAAGAUAUAAUAUUUUUAAUGUUGGUGUGGCAGCUAUAAUCACUGGUAUAAUAAAAGAUUUUAUAGCUGCAGGUUAUCUUUCUCCUGAUAUGUCAUACCUUUCUGUUGACCCUAAUAAAAUGAGAAGAGCUAAGAAUAAUGUAAUAAAAGAAAAUAUAAUUAUUGGAGCUAAUAAAUGUAGCAACGAAAAUAUAAUUGGAAUUGCUUAUGAUGGAAGAAAAGACUGGACCAAAACGUUAAUUCCAGAUAAAUACGGAAAACUUCACUCUAGAGUCAAAAAAGAGGAGCAUAUAAGUGUAACUUGGGAACCAACUGGACGUUAUCUUGCUCACAUCACGUCAGAACCUGCCCUUCAUCCGGAAAAACCUGCAAAAAAGAUAGUUGAAGCACUCUAUGAGGUGCUUGAAAAAAACAAUGCUACUGAGUCAUGCAUAGGAAUAGGUGGAGAUUCAACUAAUAUCAACACAGGAUGGUCAGGGGGAAAUCAUGCCCAUCUUGAAAAAAUGUUAGGACAUAAAUGCUAUUGGGCGAUUUGCAUGAAACAUGCAAAUGAACUCGAGCUACGACAUUUAAUUAUAUCCUUUGAUGGUCUGACAAGUAGCAAGGACAGAUUUACAGAAUCAGUUUGCAAAAAUCUUAAGUAUGUAAAUGAUAUGACAAUAAAUUAUAGUUUUACACCCCUGCCAGAUGGAGAGGAGCGUUAUAUAAUGCUGCUUUGCAGGUUUAUCCUGUUUAUGCUUUAUCCUUACGAUAAAUGGAACAAAUUUUUGAAUAGACCAUGGAGUUCUGGAUUUUAUCAUUGAAAAAAGUUUCACAAACACAAAUUAAGGCAGGUUUGUUUGACUAUUGUAUAAAAAACAAUCGUUAAGUUUGUUGGCAAGACUUCUCGCGUUAAAAAGAUAAAUUUUAAAAUUGUUGAGCGAAUUUGUGGUUAAGUGAUUGCUUGAGUUUAUUAAGUCGUUUUGUUCAUUUCAAAAAAUAUUUUUAGAGAAUGAAAAAAAUAAAAAUGAACAAGUAAUAAUAAAAAAAUUAUAUCUAAAAAAAUUUAAUGAUUACUACAUACCCAGUAAGCAC